AUGGACGACGCAGCAGGGCGCGGGUCACCACGCUACAUUCGUAGUCGCAUUGGUAAUGCUUGUGACGGGUGCAAGGCGCGCAAAGUCAAAUGCGACGGCAAAAUUCCUUGUGGCUACUGCGCAGGGCGGCAGCGCGGCGAUGUUUGCCAUUACUCGGCGCAGCGUCGCAGAAGAAAUGCUGGCGCAACAACAUCACAUGGCGCUCACGGCACGACGACGCCGCCCGGAACUAUUGGGACAGGUACAGCAUCACCAACGCCAGAUGUGCAGCAGCGGCCGCUGCCAAGUGCCGACAGCCGACAGGUGCAGCGUGAAGAGGACCAGGUGGCAGACCAACAGAUUGUAUCCGCUUCGCGCAAUCGAGGUCAAACUCGGCCCAGACGCCAGCCUGCGACUAGAGAGGCAUCUAACAGACCGGGAAUUGGAAGUGAUAGAAGGAGGAACAGUGAUGCGACGCAACACCAACCGAACGAGGCCGCGGAGGAUGACACGGAAGUUCCGCGAGAAGCGCGGCUGCUGCGAGAUGCACACGGCAAACUCAUCUUUAUCGGAGACUGUGCGCCUCUGUCGUUCUUUCAAUCUGUUCGGCAGGUAGUCACUAGUCGAGUGAGCCAGCACGCAUUCGCGCCUCAAACUAGCCGUUAUUCCGUGCUACAGAAUGCACCCGCGCACCCGCCUCGGCCCGGCGGCGACGGCGGCACUUUGGGACAAACGGUCAGCGGCGCGCCGCAGGUGCAUCCCGGGGACGUGGCUGGGGCUGUAUCUGCGUACUUGUCCACGACUACAGGCAUGAUUGACUUGUUUGACAACUCGACGUUGCUCGAGGACUUUCUCCUCUGGGCCGACCAGCAGCAAAAGCCCCGAGACGGCGCUUCAACUAUCAAAUAUCUAGUGCUGGCCAUUGGGCGGUUGAGGGACGACGAAGCAUUGGCACAAGAGUACUUUGAGUACGCCAAAAAUCAGGCCUACAUAGACAUGAGCGCCGAUUUGAGCGCCGAGACUGUGCAGUCCUUUGUGCUCAUUACAAUGUACAUGCUUUGUUCCUGCCAGAUCAACGGUGCGUUUUUGUUCUUUGGUAUCGCGGCGCGCGCCGCCUACUCCAUCGGCGUGCACCGCACCGAGGUGAAUGCUCGAUUCGGCCAGGCGAUUCACCGGCAGCGCGACAAUCUGUGGAAAAGCCUGCGCGCUGUUGACCUCUUUCUCAGCACAUUCAUGGGCCGCCCGCCCGCGACCUCGGAUAUUGACUGCACAGUGUCCUACCGUACACUGGAUGAUGACGGGAACGAGGUUCUCGACCUGCUCAACGCGUCGGUGCAGAUUCUGCUCAUCACGGAAUCCAUUGUCAUUGAAAUCUACUCGCGGCGGAAAAUCUCCUUGCAGCUCACCGAGGGCAUCUCGCUGCAGCUGAGGAGCUGGUCGGACCGCUGGCUCCAGCAGCUCAAGGAAGUCAUGACGCAACCUGGUGCCAUCGACAACGAGGCUCAGAUAAGCGGCGCGUGCCAGGUACUCUCUACAUAUUACUACUCGGUCAUGCUCGUAUCGCGGCCGUUUCUCAUGUAUGAGCUAUAUCGGAGGUUGUCGGACGCGCCGCACGGCGCGACGGCGAGAGGAGCCGCACUGCCGUCAGCAAAGACGAAGCUGGCGGAUGCUUGCAUCGACGCGGCCAGCCUGAUGGUCGAUCCGGUGCUCGAUUUAAUCGAGCAAAACGUGCUGAAUCAUCGCGCCCCCAUGCUGGUCUCUUGGCUUUUUGCGGCGUCACUGGUUCUCGGGGUUGGGCUGCUGGGCGGGUUCGGCAGGAUCCUCGAAAAGUACACGCGCAUGUCAAUACAGACCCUGGACCACUUUGCGCAGACAGACGGCCACGCGGCGCAGUAUAGCCUCAUUGCCCAGUCGCUGCUCACGACGGCGCUGGAGGACCUCGAGCGCAGGGAGCUUCAAGAACGGAUGCGGCGGACGGAGAGCUCGAGCCAGCUGUUUGGCCUCGUGCCGCACGAUGCCCGCGCGUCGUUUGGUGGCAGCGGCAGCGGCAGCGGGAGCAACGCAAAUUCGCCGCGCGAAACUGGCAGCCAUCGCGCAGCCACGUUUGGCACGCCGGCGACGGCGGGACGAGCACCAAGCCUCGGCUCGGCACUCGCACCAGGAAGGGCCGAGGGCGGAACGCUUCGGAAUAACCUGGCCGCGUCGCCCUCGCCAUGGCCGACGCGCCGUAAUAGCAAUAGGCGCUUUGAACGAGACGUGCAUUAUGCGGGGGUGGCUGCUCCGGCGUCCCCUCGCAUCGGAGACAUUGACUCGGCGUUUCUGGGGCUGUCGGAAUCGAUGCUGCACACGCCCGACGCAGAGUACUGGAGUAACUCUUUCGGAGUCAAUGAAGGGGAUGGCGGCGCUGUCUCAGCGGUCAACUUGUUUCCGUUAUUGGACGCCGGUGGCGGCAUUGAUCUUGCGCAUUAUUUCUGA